UUUAGUAGGUUCCAAAUAAGGUUGGAAACCACCCAGGUACAUUUGGGUGAAUUAUGGAAGAAAUAUGGGAUAUAAUAUAAUAAAUUUAAACCCAACAGCUGAAGAGGGAAUCCUUAGACAUUUAUGCGGAGAAAACUGUCAGCUUGGCUCUCCAUCGCGACGCCAAAGGGAAGGAGGGGGUCAGUGUUUUUAGGCAGGAUAAUUGUGCCUCUGCUUGUUUUCCCAGAGAAGCCCACGCCAAUCAGACCUGCAGAUGCAAAAAGCGAGCAGUCUCACAUUGUGGGCGUUAACGGGUUAACAAAACGAAUGCAUCUGGUCUCCUGUAGCCAGCGUUGCCUACAAACUGCGGGCGCCGAUUCUCCAGUCCUGUUGAACUGGAUUUAUGACCAAAUCUAUGGCUCUCCGAGUAAAACCGCAGCCCAGGAAUCGAAGUCUCCCACCCCAGCGCUUAUCACGAGCGGCCUUCGCUGCGUGGCAUGCUGGGACUCGUAGUUUUCCCACUCUGCUUUCUCAGAGCGUGCGUUAUCUUUCUGUCGAGUGUUCGUCAGUUUUCUUUGACCCCUCUGCCUCCCCGUAGCCUCCGACUUCUGUCUUGGAUACAGAGGUCGCUGGGCCAUGGUACUCCGGUUGUUCCGAACUCUCCGCUUCCUCUCCGGCACAGCUGCGGCGCCUACUCGCAGGAUCGCCCUUCGCUCCUUGGCGGCGUGCGGACUGGGCGGCGUAAGGGCCACCAUGGCAGUGCAAGAGUCCGCUAACCCCGCGAUGGACUCCCAGCGGUUGGGAGAGAAGGCGGCGGCAGCCGGGCAAGAACCUGGAGGAAGCGGAGGACUUUCUUCCGAGACCAGCCAGUUACAGCAACAGACCGAUGGAUGGCAUAGGAUGGAGCGGAAGAAAAAGCAAAGGAAGAAACAAAAAAAGGAGUUGUGCAAUCUUGAUGAUUCUAUACAUAGUUUGAUGAUGGAAAUGCCGUUUGCCAGAGCAGAUAUUGAGACUGAAUUGGGCGGCAACGAUUCAGCUAAAUCAAAUGUUAAGAGAAAAAGAACUACAGGAAUGGAGAAUGAAGGAGAGAAUCUAAUAAAGAAAAAAAAGAAAAAACAAGAUCGACCAAAUUAUUUCAUCUCUCUUCCAAUUACAAAUCCAAAGAUCAUGGGUGAUAUUAAAGCUCUUCAGGAUACAAUAAUAAAAAAGGAUUGCAGGCUUUCCAAAGCGAUGGUUCGAUAUGGCUCUUUGCAUGUCACUCUCUUAGUGGUGUAUUUGUCCAGCGAAGAAGCAGUUGACAAAGCAGUUGGUGCUUUCUUGGAAAGUAAAGAUCUAAUAGAAGAAUUCCUACAAGAGAAGCCCCUGGAUUUAUCAUUUCAAGGAAUCGAUCACUUUAGAAAUCAAGUUGGAUUUGUGAAGUUGGCAGAGAGUGAUCAUGAAGCAAUACUUGAAAAGAUUGCAGAGAUUGUGAAGAAGAUAUUUAAAGAAAAGGGCGUCCUCACAGGAGAUGACAAAGCUCUUAAGCCUCACUUGACCUUCAUGAAGCUGUCAAAAUCUCCGAAACUUCGAAAACAGGGAGUGAAAAGAAUUGACCCAGCUUUGUACGAGAAAUUCAAGAGCCAUUAUUUUGGAGAUGAACUCCUAAAUCGUCUGGAUCUUUGUUCAAUUAUUAAAAAAAAGCAACCUAAUGGCUAUUAUCACUGUGAAUCCUCUAUUACUGUAGGUGAAAAGAGAGGGGCAGAGCCAGAUGAUGCGGAGUUACUGAGCCUCAGCAAAAGACUGGUGGAGAAUGCAGUCCUCAAGGCGGUGCAGCAGUAUCUAGAAGAAACUCAAAACAAAAAUAGGCAGACUGAUUGCGAAAUCCCAGUGAAAACUGAGGAGGCAGCCAUUGGCAAUAGCAAGGAAAGUGAGAACGACAAUAGUGAAUGAGUACUUUGGGAGCCAAGAGGCAGAAUUCUACCACAAAUAUCCAUGUCUUUGCCCUGUAGGUCAGCUCUGCUGAACUGCCAUGGCGAACUUGAGUUUGUUAUUGUCUGGUACUAGACACCUCUUCUGAAUCGGAGAUUCUAUCUUGCAGAGCUUCAUGACUUGGAUAUCAAUGCUGCUAAGAAUAAAAACACUACUGAAUCCUGGAAAGAAAGACAUGACAGAGAGGGAGGGAGGGAUGAACAGGCCUGAUCAACAAAGAGGCCCACUUCAGUCAGUCUCAGCUGCAGAAAAUCUCUUCAUUGCAUUUGAAGAGAACAGAGCUUGUGUGAUGAAAACAAAUCUCCAAAGAAGAUGGGCUAGCCAAACUGAAAAUGAUGCCAUUUAUUUUGUUGCACAGAAUUGCAGAAUAUAACUGUUUACUUGAAGUGUAUUGGAAAUGAAGACAUUUUUGUUACACUGGAAAAAGAAACACUGCACAGAAGUGUGGUUACUAAUAUCAGUCAUUGCUACUAUUACAAAAUGGGAAAUGUUCAUGAUACCCUAUCAUUAUGUUUCAUGUUUAAAUAACUUGCAUACGCAAAUUAUAUAUUUUUGACUAAACAUAUUUUAUAUAAGAAGCACAUAUGGACAAAACUAUGUGUUUCUCAAAAGAUGGCAUCUUUUUGAUACUUUGAUUCCAUUAAUAUUUGAGACAACAAUUAAUUGUAUGCAAAAUUAUACCACCUUUUUCUUUUAGGAAAAAGCCAUGAAGCUGAUGUAGUAAAGGAAGCUUUGCACAAAGAACUGUUGGCUCUGUUAUCCAAACUGAAUCAGAUAAAGGCGCUUUUGUCGAGCCCAGAGAUACGGAUGAAAAUAUACAAGGAACUGCUUGUAAAAGGACUUACAAUGCCAGCACCUGUGAAAAACACUGGAGUUGCAUCUCUUGUCUCUUAACUAAAAGUGUUGGAAUGUGGAACCUGAUAAAUUCAUUUUUAGACAAAGAACAUUUCUUUUUCAAAUAUGUCUUGUUUACUUGGGGAGAGGUCUAUGUGAAACUAUUUGAAAGGGGGGGGGGACCAUUACAGGACAUACAAAUACAUGCUUCCAAAAUGCAUCCAUUUCACAGAAUUUAAUAAUAAUAAUUUGAUGUGUUUGCAACAAGAGGGGAACUCAGUUUUUAAGCAUUCAGUAACCAUGUAUAGAAAUGGCUCUCUAGUUUUAAAAAAUUGUGCAAUUCGUAUGGAAAUCCAGUAUAAUUACUCAGCAUUGCAUAGUUAAAUGCUAUCUCAUAUGCUUACUGCUGUCAGAGGAAGUCUAAGGACACAUCUGUAGAGAAACCUUCUGAUUCAGUACUUCAGUGCAAUCUAAGAAUUGCAGGAAGUGCUACUUUUGGAACAGAAUUGAGUAUUCUCUUAUUUUGGAUGGACCGGUCUUCCUGAGUUAACCCUGGAAUUCCUUCCCAUACCACCACACCUCAGUUUAUCAUAUAAUCCUCUAGGAAGAAUAUUCAGGUUGUUUAUUGAUAAUGUGCAGUUUGCAGAUAUCAGAUCCUCUUAAUCAGCACCUCAGAGGCCUGAAUAAAGUAGUAAAAUCCUGUCAGAGUUAAGCAGUUCUGUGCACUGCUAUGCAUACUCCAAUCUAAGCCCAAUAAAAUCAUUGUCAGGCCCCAGUCCCUAGAAAUAAGCCUCACUGAACUCAAGGGUCUUACUUUGAGUAAACAUGCAGAUAUUCAUGUUGAACAAGCCCCACAGAUUCCAAGAGGUAUGUGAGUUCUCUUUCAUGACUUUUGUACUGAAAUCAGUAAGAUUUUAGAGUUCUUAACUGUGGUUGGAUCAUGCCUCCUGUGUCUACAUGUCUUUUGGUUUGAAUUCCUGAUUCUUUAACAAACCGCUUCAAUAGCUGCAAAGUGACAAUUUCAGGAAGAUUAACCUGUGAAUUAAUGUUAAACUGUACAGCCAAUGUUUUGUAUUACACUGUAUAUAAGCUGUGGUUUUGAUUUGGCAAUGUUUUCUUUUUUUAACCAGAAGUUAAAAUUGUAUGUACAGAUGCUAAAAUAUUAUUUCUGCUGCUGUUUA